AUUAAAUAGUAACAUUAUGAAAAAUAAUGCUACUAAAUACUUGUAUUUAUUUUACUUUCUCUCUCUUACUAAGCUCCUCUCAAAUCCAUCACUUCUAAACCCUCCAUACGCUACCUUCAUCCCCUGCUUCAGGAAAAUACCAAAAAAUUGAGCUUUUAUACCUCAAACUUUGCAGAGUGGAGAAUCUGAUUUGUUAGUGGCUUUAAGACCGUGAACAUGUCAGGUGGGGAGGGCAGACAUCUUUCUAAUCAAGACCUACAAAUGGUCCAAGAUCUUAUAGAACAUUGCCUUCAACUGUACAUGACCAGGAAAGAAGCUGUGAGUUUUCUCUCAAGAAGAGCAAAUGUGAUGCCGAGCAUUACUGAACUUUUAUGGCAGAGACUUGAAGAAGAGAAUCAGGAAUUCUUUGAGGUUUAUCACAUUCGGUUAGCAUUAAAGGAGCAGAUACAGCAGUUCAAUGAAUUGUUGAAGCAGCAAGCAAAUAUGGAGAAGAUCCAAAAUACUAGAGUUACUCCUAUGCCAGUUUCUAAUGAAUCAUGCGAGGCACAAUUCCAACAGAAUGCUGGCUGCUAUGCCAUUGAUCAGACAAGACUAUCAAUGAUGGCUGACACACUUCUUGCUCAGAACUCUAAUUCCAUGAGAUUGAUGCAUGGUUUGAAUGGAGGGAUUUUUGCUUCAGAAAGUGGCUAUCCUUCUGAUCCUACCAUUUUCUAUGAUAAUGACCCCAAUCUAGGUGAAGUGUACGCCUCCAUGGAAGGUGCAUCUAUUGCAACCUAUACUGGUAUAGGGGCAAGCUCGCAGCCGUUAAAUGAGACAUUGCUGGGUGUGAAUGGUUCAUUUGGGCAAUUUGGAGAGAAUCCUAAAGUGUUCAAUAUUCCCGAUUUAGUUUAUAAUUCUGUGCAUGAUACCUAUAAUCCAACCACCAUUGCGGAGACGAAGAACUAUCAUGCCUGAGAUGAACCCGACAUUCCAGGUUAGUAUGUUACUCAAACGGACAUGUACAAAAUAAUUCUAGAAAUGGCCCAAAUCUUGCAGAUUUUAUUACUUUUUCAUGAAGGUACAUAAAUUGGUGUGCUUGCUGCAAUGGUUGAUGCUUCGGUGAUCGAUGAAGGAGGGUGGCAGUAGAAGUCUUGACCAAGCCCUGUGGAGAUGUGUCGGAACUCCGAUGCCUUCGGUCUUUCAGUGUUUGAUUUGGUGCAAAUUAAUUCUUAAGAAGCUUAAAUGGGUUAAUUAUGGAUUUUAUGUAAUGAACUUAGCAAUGUGUUUGAUCUUUUUUUUUUGUAAUGGAAAUUUGGUAUCAUAUUUCAUGUUUAUUCAUAGACUAAUGUAGCAAUAUUUUAAUGGAAAAAUUACCAUAAUAAUCCAAACUUUGUUUGAUUUUCCUACAA